GGGAAGCUUUUUGGUACAUAGUUUCAUAGAUAAUGGUACAGUAUCUGAAGCAACUCAUGAUUUUGAGAUAGUUAUGUCCGUCAAAAGUAAUCUAUUUCAAGUCACUGUUGCUAAAAGACAUGGUGUCAAACAAAGUGUCUCCUCCUCUUCCCCUUCAUCAAAAAAAAAACCACUCGAUCCUCAAGAGCUUAACAAUAUGAUUCAAAAUAAAAUUUCUCAACUUGAAACUGAAUCGUCACUUGAAGAUGAAGAAGAAAAAGCUAUUUCUAAAGCUGUUAAAAAAGCAAGUAAAGAAAUUAAAGAAAUUAUUAAUUCACAUGAUGAUCAAUUGGAGAAGAUCGAUACAAUUCAACAAAGGUAUAUGGAAUUGUUUCAAGAGAUGAAAAGACUCGAAAGAGAUUACGCAAAGAUGAAGAAACGAAAUGAAUUGUUGCAAAAGGAAAAAGAUUCAACAAAGAAUGAAUUGGCUAAAUCAAAUUCUGUUAAACAUAAAUUUGAAAAUAUAUGUCGUGAAUUACAUAAAGAAAAUAAAAGGAUCAAGGAAGAAAGUAAAAGAUUGGCAGCAAGUGAACAACAAAAAAGAGAAGAAUUAUCUAGCAAAUUUGAAAAUACCAUUUGGGAAAUCAAAUCUAAAAUGGAAGAAGAUACUGAUGAAAAGAAAAAAAGAGCGGAAGAUAAUGAAAUGUUAAAGGAUAAAUUUCGAAGUUUUUUGGAACAGUACGAAUUACGUGAAAAACAUUUUAAUAGUGUUGUCCGAUCCAAAGAUCUGGAAUUACAACUGUAUGAAGCUAAAUUACACCAACAAAAGCAAUUGACAGAUCAAGAAAUUGUAAAGGUAAAUUCUUUGAAAGAACAAGUCGAGAACUUUACAAAGACAGAAGUUGAACUACGUAAACAACUCAGCACAUACGUAGAAAAGUUUAAACAAGUUGAGGAAACUUUGAAUAAAAGUAAUGAACUGUUCCUAAGUUUUCGUAAAGAGAUGGAACAGAUGAAUAAAAAAACUAAAAAACUUGAAAAAGAAAAUGCCACUGUUAAAGGAAAAUGUGAAACUAUGAACCGAAAUAUUUUGGAAAUGGCUGAAGAAAGAACUAAGGAUCAAAAAACCAUAGAAGAAUCAAAGAAAAAACAAACGAAGUUAGAGAAUUUAUGUCGUGCAUUACAAGCUGAAAGAACCAUUCUUAAGAAAAAAGUUCAAUCUUUAGAAGCAUUAUCUCCACCAUCGUCACCACCUCCUUCGUCUCCUUCGUCAUUAUCAUCUCCUCAUACAUCAUCUCCUUCUCAAUCAUCAUCAUCCUCAACCAAUUAUCAACCAAAUACAAGUGAAGAUGAAGUAGUAAUUGUAGAAACAGUAGAAACAACAACAGAAACAGCAGCAGCAAGUCAAACAAAUGACGAAAUUGCAAAACAUAAUACAGAAAUAGCAGUUAACAAUGAUACCCAAAAUGUGAAUGAAGAAGAAAGUACUUCAGAUGUCAAGUUUGGAGAGACAACUGAAAACGUUAGUACUACCACUGAUUCACGAGAUACAAAUACAACCACCAAUUCACAAGUUGUUACAAGCGAUGUUGACCCUUCAACGCAAUGGGAAACCCGUGUUUCUCGUUCUCGUAAAAUGCCUUAUUACUAUAAUCGAGUCACCAAGGAAAGUACUUGGGAACUUCCUAGAGGCGUAGAUCCUCAGAGCAUUAAAGGUUAUAGUGAAAAUUCAGCACAACAGUUAAACACUAUUGAUCCGGUAAAUGGUGGGGCUGGACAAAUUAAAGCAAGCCAUUUGUUAGUUAAACACAGAGAAAGUCGGCGACCUAGUUCUUGGAGACAAUCAGAGAUAACUCGAACUAAGGAAGAAGCAUUUGAAUUGAUAAAAGGCUAUUAUGAACGAAUUAAAGCUAAGGAAAUUGCUCUUGGCGAACUUGCAUUGACCGAAUCUGAUUGCUCGAGUGCAAAACGUAACGGCGAUUUAGGAUUUUUUGGUAGAGGGCAAAUGCAACCUUCAUUUGAAGAUGCGGCAUUCAAACUUGAAGUUGGAGAAUUGAGUGGACCUGUUUGGAGUGAUAGUGGAGUUCAUCUAAUUCAAAGAACUGAAUAA